AUGCCGGCGUCACUAGGGCAAAGAAAGGCUAGGGGGGAGGGGGAAACAGGAGACUCCGGACUGACGCCGGGCUUCUUUCGGUUUCUGCUCAAAGUGGGCCGGCCUCCCUUCCCUUCCCCUAGCCGUCCACACCCACGCGUACAGAGGGGCCGGGGCCUCCCUCAAGCUGCGGCCUCGGCCUCCUCCCCGCGCGGCAGCUGGUGCCUCCCCGGCCCUACGGGGCUCACGCGCACGACACAGCCACAAGAUGUCCGCUCUGACGGAACUACUGCCAGCUGCCACGCUCCGCCCCUCCCCCCUCCUCCUGCCUCUUCACCGCCGCGUAUCAGUCCGCCAACGCCGCCGUCGCGAGCACAGGACGAAUCUAAAGGUGAAGGGGAACGGUUUACUUCCUACGUCCAAGGCCGAGUUUAUCUGUGCUACCCCCUUUUCCUUCUUUUUCGGAACAGCACCUUCUUACUAAACAGAUCGGAGAUUGGACUGGGAGGGCGGGGGCCGGAGGCGGGUCAUGGGCUGGGGGGGGAAGGGUGGACGAGCGGCGGAAACCCUCAGAUUCAGAGAAGCAUCGAGAACCGGAAGAAGACCAUGGGAGGAAGAUCCACAGAGUUGCAGAACUCAAGAGAUCAGAGUUUUGGGUCAGAAAAACUUGUUACUUAACUGAAAUAUCCGGGCGGGGCAGAAAUAGAAGGAUGGAAUUGGCCUGUUUUAAUCUGCCGGAUGUAAAAUAUGGAGAGGGUGGUUUUGCUCUCUGUGUAUCCUUCAGACAAAGGGUAGUACGACAUUAAUUUUUAAAAGGAAUAAAGAAGUUAUACAAGAGUGGUAGGAAACAUCGCUCCCUACCCAAAGGGAACUCACCAUAUCCAGGAGGUCCAUAAAGAAAAGUCCGAGAUAAGCCAUUUUGUAUUACCCUAAUCUAAACAAGCUUCGGUAUGAAAAGUAUAAUGGAACGUGUUAAUGCUCUUAAUUAACAAUGCACAGCAGACUGGGACAAAUUUGAGGUCAGAGUUUUUAACUUUUGUGCCACAGACCACUUUGGCAGUCUGGUGAAGCCAUGGACUCUUCUAAGAAUGUUUCUAAAUGUAUAAAAUAAAAUUCAUAGCAAUAGUUAUAAUGUGAUACAAAGUAUCUCAUUCCUAGUGGUGAUACAGAUAUAGGUAUAGCUGUUUGUUGCUUACAUUCAAAAUUGAAGGAAAUGCUAAAUUUCAGUUAGAGAUUAGUAAAAAUAAAGAUGUAUUUUUUUUUUUCUCCCAUCCAAGUUCACAUACUCCCUGGAUUCUAUCCAUGAACUUCAUGAUAAAAAAUUUUAGGUAAAGUCUAGUGGGCUUAUUCCUCUUAGUAAGCCUUGAGGGGAUUGUGAAAUAUUAACAUACAGUUAUAAUUUAUAUCCAUAACAAUAGUGAUUCAUUAAAAAAAAGUUUAAUUACUACCAGUAUACUCUCAUUAAGAAUGCGUGGAAGUACAUAACAGUAUUAGGAAAUAGUUGUAUCCAAUUUGUUGAUUUUAUUUAUUUAUUUUUUAAACUAUAUCUAUAAUCAUAGCCUAUGGAAAACUUUCCUAUCCAGAUGACUCAUUUCCCAAGCGUUCUGGUAACUUAUGUUUUACUAUAUCAUUCUUAUUUAUUACAUGCCUUUGCAAAUAAGAUGUGGUGGAAGAACUGCAAAAUGAAAAUAAUAGCCAAAGAUUAAAUUAAAAUACUGUAUAAAUUUCUUAAUAAGUGUUAAUAAUUAUUAUUUGAAGUACUAUGUGUGGGGUCUUUUAAUUCAUUAUCUUAUCAAAUCUCCAUUACAUAGAUGAAACACUCAAGAUCUGAAAAUUAUUAACUGGUAGAGUCAGGAUUUAAACCUAGGCAGUAUGAUCUCAAAGCUCACAC